UAAAGCAUCGGUACCGGUGUUGGAUCAGACGGGCCAGAAUAGGUCCAGAUGUUGGUUCCGUAGAACCACAUGUCAGAUUAUGAUGAAUAUCUUGAGGCCUGGUUCUACCAGAACCUUUAGUUAAAACGAACAAACUGUCUGAAUCUUGAUAAACGCUGUGUCUGCAUUCAGUGAGGCCCUCUGAAGAGGCCGCGGCGGGCCGGGUUUGGCCCCCAGGCCACCAGUUUGACACGUGAUCAUGAAGGAUUGAGAAACCUGUCGGUUCAGAAAAGCAGCCGCCCUCGGACCCGUCGCCGAGCCCGCCGUCAUGCUGACGGAGGAGACGGGCCCCUGCAGUCAUCAUCAUCUGAGCCUGUGUGGCCGUGUUUAUGUUUCCUCAGACCAGUUCUGGCCCGGAGAACUGCUGAUCCGGUCCGCUGGAUCAGAUUCCAGGCAGUUCUGGACGGGAUUCGGGUCAGGUCGGACCGAAUCUGAGUUCAGACGACGUCCUGCAGGUCCAGCCGAGUUCCUGUCAAUCUAGCAGGAAGGAGCGGCCUCCUGGAGGCAGGUGUUCUGGGUCAGGUGGGGGGUGGAGCCUGCAGAACCGGCCCGUUGCUGGGCCCGGCGGGGUGGAGGCGUGUUUGCUUUAAAUGCUCAGCGUCUCCUGCCUGUGACUCAUCCUGAGCUGCAACAGCCGGCUGGUUUCCCCUGACGGUUCUGCAGCAAAACCCGACCGGUACCAAGAUGUUCCGCUUCCCGUUCCCGGCGCUGUGGGGGAAAAAGAAAAACAAGGAAAACCAGGAGAUCACGGUCCUGCCGCUGGAGCUUUCCCAGAACCAGCCCUGUGGUGAAGAUGAGACCAUGGUCCCGGUACUGACGUCCAGAAAAGCCUCAGAACUCCCGGUUAAUGAAGUAGCGUGCGUCCUGCAGGCGGACUUGCAGGCUGGUCUGACCCAGGAGGAAGUGACCCGGCGGAGGGUCUACCACGGCUGGAACGAGUUCGACAUCAGUGAAGACGAGCCGCUAUGGAGGAAGUACAUCUCCCAGUUCAAAGAUCCUCUCAUCCUGCUGCUGCUCGCCUCGGCCGUCAUCAGUGUUGUCAUGCACCAGUUAGAUGACGCCAUCAGCAUCACCGUGGCCAUCAUCAUCGUGGUGACGGUCGCCUUCGUGCAGGAAUACCGCUCAGAGAAAUCGUUGGAGGAGCUGGGGAAGCUGGUGCCUCCAGAAUGUCACUGCAUUAGGGACGGACAGUUGGAGCACCUGCUGGCCCGGGACCUGGUUCCUGGAGACACCGUGUGCCUGUCGGUGGGGGAGCGGGUCCCUGCGGAUCUGCGUCUGUAUGAGGCGAGCGACCUCUCCAUCGAUGAGUCCAGCCUAACGGGGGAGACCCACCCCAGCUCCAAGUCCACGACCCCCCAGCCGCCCGCCUCCAAUGGGAACAUCGCCUCCCGCAGCAACAUCGCCUUCAUGGGGACGCUGGUUCGCUGCGGCAAAGCCAAGGGCAUCGUCAUCGGGACUGGAGAGAACUCUGAGUUCGGGGAGGUUUUCAAGAUGAUGCAGGCGGAGGAGGCUCCUAAGACUCCCCUCCAGAAGAGCAUGGACCUGCUGGGGAAGCAGCUGUCGCUUUACUCCUUCGGCAUCAUCGGGGUCAUCAUGCUGGUGGGCUGGCUGCAGGGGAAGAGGAUCCUGGACAUGUUCACUAUCGGCGUCAGCCUGGCGGUGGCGGCCAUCCCAGAGGGUCUGCCCAUCGUGGUGACGGUGACGCUGGCGCUUGGCGUGAUGCGCAUGGUGAAGAAGAGAGCCAUCGUCAAGAAACUUCCCAUCGUGGAGACUCUGAGCUGCUGCAACGUGAUCUGCUCAGACAAGACUGGAACGCUGACCAAGAACGAGAUGACUGUGACCCAGGUCUUCACCUCAGAUGGACUCCAUGCUGAGGUGACAGGCGUGGGCUACAACGGGACCGGAGAGGUGCUGCUGGACGGAGAGGUGGUCCACGGCCUCGCCUGCCCUUCCAUCAGUAAAGUUGUGGAGGUGGGCUGCGUGUGCAACGACUCAAUCAUCAGGAACCAGAACCUGCUGGGGCGUCCCACAGAGGGCGCGCUCAUCGCCCUCGCCAUGAAGAUGGGUCUGGAGAGUGUUCAGCAGGAGUUCAUCCGUCUGGAGGAGCAUCCCUUCACCUCCGAGCAGAAAUGGAUGGCUGUUCGCUGCGUCCACCGCACACAGCAGGAUAAAAGUGGAGUCUACUUUAUGAAGGGCGCCUAUGAGCAGGUGAUCCGUUUCUGCAGCAGCUACAACAGCAGAGGCUCCAACCUUCCCCUGACCCACCAGCAGAGGGAGCUCUACCAGCAGCAGAUCAGCUACAUGGGCACCUCAGGCCUCAGAGUGCUGGCGUUCGCCUCGGGUUCCCAGAUGGGGAGCCUGACCUUCCUGGGCCUGGUGGGCAUCAUCGACCCGCCCAGGGAAGGGGUCAAAGAGGCUGUUGCUACGCUGCUCAACUCUGGGGUCGCCAUCAAGAUGAUCACCGGAGACUCGCAGGAGACGGCCGUGUCGAUAGCGAACCGUCUGGGCCUCUACUCCAAAGGAUGCCAUUGUUUGUCAGGAGAGGAGGUGGACCAUCUGGACCUGCAGGAACUGUCCAACAUCGUUCCUAGGGUUGGUGUGUUCUACCGGGCCAGUCCCAGACACAAGCUGAAGAUCGUCAAGUCUCUCCAGAACCUCGGUGCCGUGGUGGCGAUGACUGGCGACGGCGUAAAUGACGCCGUGGCGCUGAAGGCGGCAGACAUCGGAGUGGCGAUGGGCAAGACGGGCACCGACGUCUGCAAGGAGGCGGCGGACAUGAUCCUGGUGGACGACGACUUCCAGACCAUCAUGUCAGCUAUCGAGGAAGGCAAAGGAAUCUACAACAACAUCAAGAACUUUGUCCGCUUCCAGCUGAGCACGAGCAUUGCAGCGCUGACGCUCAUCUCCCUGGCAACGCUGAUGAACUUCCCCAACCCUCUGAACGCCAUGCAGAUCCUGUGGAUCAACAUCAUCAUGGACGGACCACCCGCUCAGAGUUUGGGGGUGGAGCCUGUGGACCGUGACGUCAUCAGUAAGCCGCCUCGCAAUGUGAAGGACACCAUCCUGACCCGCAGCCUGCUGGUCAAGGUCCUGGUGUCAGCCUUCAUCAUUGUCUGCGGGACGCUGUUUGUCUUUUGGAGAGAGCUGCAGGACAACAUGAUCACUCCUCGAGACACCACCAUGACCUUCACCUGCUUCGUCUUCUUCGACAUGUUCAACGCUCUGAGCUCGCGCUCUCAGACCCGCAUGGUCCAUGAGAUGGGCCUGUGCAGCAACAGGACGUUCUGCUACGCCGUCCUGGCCUCCAUCAUGGGGCAGCUGCUCGUCAUCUACUUCCCUCCACUGCAGAGCAUCUUCCAGACGGAGAGCCUCAGCAUCCUGGACCUGCUGUUCCUGCUCAGCCUCACCUCCUCGGUGUGCGUGGUGUCAGAGGUCAUCAAGAAGGUGGAGCGGUGUCGAGGAGCUGAGCGCCGCCCCCCCUCCGACUGCUCCCUGGAGGUAUGACCCGCUCCCCGUUCUCUGGCUGCUGAUUGGAGGAAGAGGACGUUCGGGUGAUCUCACCUGGCAGCACUGACUUUUUCCUGUGAGAUCCUCCGACAGAGCGACGCUCCGGUCUGGGACUGGACACCGCUCCUACUUUAUUGGACUGGGAUUAAGAAUUGGGAGGACUGGUUUGUAAAAUGCUGCUUUGCUUUGAACCCGUUUGGUUCUGGUGGAGGUGUAACCGUUCAGUUUGGACUCUGAGCGACCUGAUGGGGUUAAGGGUCAGGGUUUAUUUAAUUACUGGAACAUUCCACUGGGACCAGUGAAGCUGGUCUUGAGCUCUGUGAGCCGAGCUGGACCAGAACCGCUCGGAUGUUACUCCAGGUUCAAAUCAUUCCAUGUUUUUAAUCGGUGGGAAUUUCUGCUGAAGCCCCGCCCCGUUUUGGGAGCUCCGCCCAUUUCUAAGCUCCGCCUGUUUUGGGAUAAAUAUUCCAGCUUUGUUUCUCGUUGCUCUGCUGGUUGUUUUGGUUCUGAUCCAGCUGAAUUAUGGAUCCGGAUCCGUUCAGUACCGACACUACAGCUGGUUGAGUCACACUAAGGACCCGGAAGACGGAUCCAGGAUUGGAUUGUCAGAACGUCAACAGCGUACAGUUAAACUUCCACCAGGCCGGCCCGGUUCCAGUUCUGCUCACCCUGACCCACCGGGUCAGGAGCAGCUCCAGUUUAUUCCCAUGAAAACGUUCCUGAUACCAAACCUGUGGCUCUUCAGGGUCCAAACGGCAACGCUUCCUCUUCUGGUGCCUUAGAAGCCCUGGACGGUCCGACCGACUUCCUGCUUCCUGUCCUGCUGUGGUCUGCAGAGAGGAGUCACCCCGGUGCAUUCUGGGUAAUCUGGGGCCAUCUCUGUGUACGAUUUUAUUUAUUUCUGAAAGUCUCUGCUGCUGUUUCCCAAAAACGAAGCUCCGGUUUCCUCUGGGCUGCUGCUUCCUGCUGCAGACUCCGCCCCGUCCCGCUCCUCCGGAUAAACUUUGUUUACUUUUAGUUUUUCUAGUUUUCAUCCUUUUAAUAUUUGUAUGAUCAGGCAUACAAGCCAGAAUAAUCGUUUAAUUUAUAAAUAAAUUGAUGCGGGACUUAUUUUUAUCUUGACUCGUCUCAGUGGAGAAAAUAUGGUGGAAGAAAUAAAAAUAUAAUCAAUAACA